GUGCCCGAGCUGGAGAAAGCUACGGUCCGGAUCCGGCAGCCCGAGCGUGUGCGGGAGAUCAUCCGGUCUCUCCGGGAGCAGGGGGUGGCCAAACUGCAGGUCAUUUCUGACUUUGACAUGACCCUGAGCAGGUUUGGUUGCAAUGGCAGGCGCUGCCCCACAUCUCACAAUAUCCUUGAUACCAGCCGUGUUAUCAGCGAGGAUGGCAAGAAGAAGCUGAAGGAUCUGUUCCACUAUUACUAUCCCAUUGAAAUAGAUCCUAACCAGACCCUGGAAGAGAAACGUCCCCUCAUGGUGGAGUGGUGGACCAAGGCUCAUGAGCUGCUGGUGCAGCAGAAGAUCCACAAAGAUGACAUAGCCCAGAUCGUCAGAGAGUCAGAAGCAAUGCUCAGGGAUGGCUUCAAGGAGUUCUUUGAUCAGCUGCAUAAGAACAACAUCCCCCUGUUCAUCUUCUCUGCUGGUGUUGGUGAUGUCCUGGAAGAGAUUAUCCGUCAGGCCAACGUCUUCUACUCCAAUGUUAAUGUGGUGUCCAACUACAUGGACUUCGAUGAUGAUGGAGUCCUCACGCACUUCAAGGGACCCCUCAUCCACACCUACAACAAGAACAACAGCGUGCUGCAGGGCACAGGGUACUUCCAGCAGCUGAGCACAAGGACGAGCAUCAUCCUGCUGGGGGACUCCAUGGGUGACCUGACGAUGGCAGACGGUGUUCCCAGCGUGGAGAACAUCCUCAAGAUUGGCUUUCUCAAUGACAAGGUGGAAGAGCGGAGGGGGAAGUACCUGGAUUCCUAUGACAUUGUGCUGGAGAGCGACGAGACGCUGGACGUGGUGAACGGGAUCCUGCGGUACAUCGUGACUGAGACAUGAGCUGGGGACAGGGUGUCCCAGCUCCAGCACACGGCAGGCACUGGGCAGGGAAUGUCCUUCCUGAGACAGCUGGAGGGGACCUGCUGGCACUGCCUGGGCUCCAUCCUGACCUCGUUAAUGCCCUCAGCCAGC